AUGAGGGAAAUCGUUCAUAUCCAAGCUGGGCAAUGUGGAAACCAAAUUGGUGCUAAGUUCUGGGAAAUUAUCUCAGAUGAACAUGGAAUCGACCCCACUGGCGCUUACCAUGGGGAUUCUGAUUUACAACUGGAAAGGAUCAAUGUUUAUUAUAAUGAGGCAUCUGGAGGUGGAAAGUAUGUUCCAAGAGCUAUUUUAGUUGAUUUGGAACCUGGCACAAUGGAUUCCGUACGCUCUGGUCCAUUUGGACAAAUAUUUAGGCCAGACAAUUUCGUUUUUGGUCAGUCAGGAGCUGGAAAUAAUUGGGCUAAAGGUCACUAUACUGAAGGUGCUGAACUGGUGGAUUCUGUAUUGGAUGUUGUAAGGAAAGAAGCUGAGUCUUGUGAUUGUUUACAAGGAUUCCAACUGACACAUUCUCUUGGUGGUGGAACUGGCUCGGGUAUGGGAACCCUCCUUAUAUCGAAAAUUCGUGAAGAGUAUCCAGAUAGAAUUAUGAACACAUAUUCAGUAGUACCUUCGCCUAAGGUAUCAGACACUGUUGUAGAACCAUAUAAUGCAACCCUUUCCGUUCACCAACUAGUUGAAAACACAGAUGAAACAUAUUGUAUAGAUAAUGAAGCCCUCUACGACAUUUGCUUUCGCACAUUGAAACUCUCGACGCCAACCUAUGGUGAUCUGAACCAUCUUGUUUCUCUCACUAUGUCUGGAGUUACUACCUGUCUCCGAUUUCCUGGUCAAUUGAAUGCUGAUUUAAGAAAACUAGCUGUUAAUAUGGUUCCAUUCCCUCGACUACACUUUUUCAUGCCUGGAUUUGCCCCACUCACUUCAAGAGGUUCUCAACAAUAUAGAGCUCUCACAGUUCCAGAACUUACUCAGCAAAUGUUUGAUGCAAAGAAUAUGAUGGCUGCCUGUGAUCCUAGACAUGGAAGGUAUCUUACUGUUGCAGCCAUUUUCAGGGGCCGUAUGUCAAUGAAGGAAGUAGACGAACAAAUGUUGAACAUUCAAAACAAGAACUCCUCUUAUUUUGUUGAAUGGAUUCCUAAUAAUGUAAAGACUGCAGUUUGUGAUAUUCCUCCAAGGGGCCUUAAAAUGUCUGCCACUUUUAUUGGAAAUUCAACAGCUAUCCAAGAAUUAUUUAAAAGAAUUUCUGAACAGUUCACUGCUAUGUUUAGAAGGAAGGCUUUCUUGCAUUGGUAUACCGGAGAGGGCAUGGAUGAAAUGGAAUUUACAGAGGCUGAAUCAAAUAUGAAUGAUCUUGUGUCAGAAUACCAACAAUACCAGGAAGCUACAGCUGAUGAAGAUGCUGAGUUUGAUGAAGAACAGGAACAAGAAGUUGAUGAUGCUUAA